AUGCGUCCUAGCGUAUGGCUUCGCGCCUACCACUACGUCCACCCCAAAACAGGCCGCCCGAUUCGGCAGUUUCGAAAGUACGGCGAUCCCCGCUACAUCAACAACGAGGUCGCCCUCAUCCACGGCCUUUUUGCGCUCAUCACGACGGAUUUCGGAAUGGUAACGCACUCCCAACUCGAAAACGCACGGCUUGGGAUUUUACGUCGGAUGCCCCGUGGCGCCUUUGCGCUGACGAUGCACACCGACUACGAAGAAUUUCCCGUGGUGAAAAAAAGCCCCGAAUCGCGUAUGGGGGCGGGAAAGAGUAACAUUCACCACUUCGCGUACAAAUUCACCACGGGGAUUCCGCUGUUUGAGAUCAUGCCAUUGUCAUCACGGCGAUUGAAUCAGGCCGAGGCGGAGGGAAUCUUUCUCGGCGGGCGGCCGUUUAUUCCGCUGCAGACCGCGGUCGUUCCUCGCGGCCGCGUGGAUGAAUACCACGUGUUUAAAUAA